GGAAACAAUAUAUAUAGAAAAUCUUAAAAAUAAAAAUAUAUUUAUUUGUAAUAAAAUCACAAGUAAUUUGCUAUGAUAAUGUAUGGAACUAAAAUUGAAGGAAAUAAGGUGAAGACGGGCGACUAAGUUACGAAAAUUGUAAAACUACUAUUAUGAAUCCGAAUAAUAUAAACGAAACUGCAUCGAACGAAGAUGGCUAUAGAAAUGUAUCACUGAUUAAAAGAAAAAUAUCGAUGGCUACAUUAAUACUUUGGAAUAUUUCUAAAGCUCUAGAAAAGAAUCCUGUCGUUGAGAUAAAGUCUGCAAUGAAAGCAGUGCAAGCGCGAUUGGAAAACAAUUCUCGUAACCUAAAUACGAUAGGGUCCCAGUAUCCUGAGGAGAGAUACUUGGCGUGUGCCCUUCUUGCGUGGCAAGAACUUGGACACAAAGAUACCGAUAGUCUGUACAGGUUCAUAGAAGCAAAUCGUAGUAAAUGUGAAUCAAUACCAUCAAAUAUUCAAAAUAAAUAUAAACAUUGUUCUACAAAAGUGGCCAAUACUGCAAAGACUAGCAUUACCACCAAAGUAUCGAAUUAUUCCGAAGGUGUUACUUCAGGGAAUUUUGACACUUGCUCACUAAUCGGCCCUGUAAUAAAGUUACCAGUUGAGACUAAAAUAGUGAUGCGAUUGGAAAAUACGCCGAAUGUACUACGUCAGGAAAAGAAAAAAAGAAGACAAGACAAAGACACCAUGAAAAAAAUUGACGCGGCGUGCUGCAUGGAUUCAGCAUGCGUGGAACGGCUUUCGGAAUUGGAUGCGGCAACAAGCGAAUUGAGAAUGCGCGCUGGCCAACUGGCGAGCAGGGAAGCCAAGCGCGUUGAGUUGCUAGAACGCGCUGAGACAGCUUGGAAGGAUUUGGAACUGGGCUAUCAGCGACGCCUAAUACUUGCAGAAGAGAAGGAAGAGGAUAUGGCGAAGCAGAUACAUAAAUUAAUAGAGGAGCGAAAUAGUUACAAGCAUGUUUGCACAACAUUGUCGAGUCAUCUAAAAGAAAGGGGUGAGGCCGCGGAAAAAGAUCGUAUGCGAUUGAUUCAAAUUGAGAAGGACGUGUGUGAUCGGGCAUGUCAGCGUCUACGGUUGACUGAAGAAUCAGCACGAGGAGAUGCUAUAGUUGCUGAACAUCAGUGUAAAGCUGCUCAGCUGGACAGAAAUCUUCAGGAACAGCAGGCACGAAGAAAGCUUUCGAAUGUAGAGAACGAGGUGGAAUCUGCGCGCGCACUCACAUACGAGGCGGAGCGAGCGAUGCGUUCGGAGCUUGCAGCGCUGCGCGAUCAGAUUGAACAAGUGUCACAUCAGUUGCUCAAGGAGGACGCUGAAAACAGUCAAACCAAACAAGAACUUGAAGUAUUAAGACAAGAAAAGUUAGAAAUGGUGGAGGAUCUCGAAGGUUGUAAAGUAAUGUGUGACAGCCACAUGCAGGAUAAGGUGACAGAGUUAAAGAAGAAGAGAGAACAACUUUCGCAGCUCAGAGAUAAAGUGACGGAGUGUCAAUGUAAAAUGCCUAUAGAUGCCACUGUUGAAGCGAAGCGUACACCAUCCCUCGCAGCUUCGUGCAAGUGCACUCCAGAGGAUAAAUUACUAGAGUCGUGUUCGUGUACAUCACUGCGGAGUCGAUUGCUAUCUAAUCUAUUAGCAGAUUUGUUUGGUGGUCUGCAAGCUGAGUUGGGAGGAUCUGGUUCACAGAUGCCAUGUCAUCUAUUAAAAUGUCUAGAGGAUAAACACAACUGGGAUAGAUCAAGUGCCGUGAAAACGAAUUUAAGGAACUACUUUACCCAAUUGUUAAUUGGAGAACUAGAUAUUGCUAUUGCAACGUCGAUAGAGAAUUAUCACGCUAAGUGGGUUGGCGCAUCAUGUGCCGAUGUCGCACGACUUACACCCGAUCCAGGAGAAAUCGAAAACGAAGGCUGGCAAGAACGGGCACUCAAGCGUAAGGCGCAGAAACUUGCCACUAAGCUCGCCGAGCAGAUGUUUCAAGAGAGAGCUGAACAACUUGCUCAACAAGCAAAGAACAUAGUAAGCUCGGGCCCUCCACCUUGCGAGUGCAAACCGCAGUCAGCGGUAUAUUCAUGUUUCGUAAAGCCUGCUGCAAUAGUUGGCGACAACAGUAAGGCGGCAGGCCCCAGUACGACUGCUCCCGCGUAUUGGCGCAAAACCUCCCAGGAUGUCACGCAGCUUAGAAUGCAAAUUGAAGACCUUAAAAGGGAAACUAUUAAGAAAGCGGAUUUAAAAUUAAUGGAAAACAAUAUCGCCAAAAUAGUACAGCUUGCAUCUGUACUUGAGACAUCUACCGUGGCUACAAAAAUUAUCGGAUCUACUAAUGCUGAUAGCAUUUCAAAAUACGAUAUAAAUUAUAGUACACCUACUGCAAUUAAAAAAAACCAAUUGCAUUAUUUUACAGGUGAUACAUUUAAUAAGCAACGCGGUGACUUUUAUAAAAAUGUAGACAAAGGUAUAGAUUCUCAAAGUUUCAAAGGUACUAUUGUAGAUAAACAUGAAAUGUGUGUUUGUUGCAAUAAAAAUAAUUUUGAUGAAUCUCGAGACUUAGAACUGAAUACAUUUCAUUUGUUGAAAGAACAUCUGAAAGAUAGGUUAGAAGAAUUUAGACAAUCUGCUUGUAAAUCUUCAUGUAUAUCAUCUGAUGAACAAGAAAAAAUAUUUUCUACUAUAUUUCAAAGAGUAAAACAGGUAAUUUCUGACAGUACAAAUAAUAUUAUAUGUAAAUGUGCAGAAGAUGAAUAUUCUUCUUCUUCUUCUCAAGGAAGUUGGAAUCGAGCUUAUAUUUUAUUGCAAGAAUACUUAAAUACUAAAAUAAAACGUGUCCAAUGUUUUUGUGUACCAUUACAAGCCAACGAAAAAUCUGUUUUACCAAAUGUAUUGGACCGCAUUUGUAAUUUAAUAGAAAAUGACUUUGAUCGGGUAAAAAAAUUAUGUAAAUGUAGAAAUAUUGUCAAUAAAAAUGAAGAAAAUAGAUUUGAAAUUCAAAAUGAUUUACCAGAAAGAGAUAUAAAUAAUGAAUUGGAUACACCUAUUGGUAUUGGGAUCAAUCAACCCAAUAAUACUAAAAUAACGUCACCUGCAAUUACUACUCAAAAUAUAUCGGCUCAAGUGCCUAAUAAUUUGGGAAUGGAGACAAAGUCUUGUGAUAUCAUGGAGAGAGGACUUAAAAACAUACAAACUACAGAAUCCUGUGUAUUACUCGCAAAUAACUAUUGUAAUUCUUCAGACUUGUGUAUUAGUUGUAAUUUGAAUAAAAAUAAGACUAAACUAUAUUCUGAAUUACGUACUACUAACGAAAUGUUGAAUAUGGAAAAUAAUAUAAAAAGUAACAGUAAAUAUAAAACAUAUAAUGACGGAACUCAGAAAAAGCGAAGUAAACCCAAUAUCAUAUCACGAAUAUUCAUAUGGUGGAUGUGUCCAGUGUUAAUAAAAGGGAACAAGAGAGAUGUUGAAGAAUCCGAUCUCAUAGUCCCCAAUAAGCAAUAUGACUCCGACAGACACGGUGAUAGACUCGAAAGAUAUUGGUUAGAAGAAUUAAAAAGAGCAAAAAGAGAAAAUAGAGAGCCGUCGCUAUGGAAGGCUUUACAAAGAGCGUACUGGCUGGCAUACAUGCCAGGAGCGAUUUUUGUUGGAUUAUUGGGCGUUUCAAGAACAGUGCAGCCACUACUAUUCGGCCGGCUGCUGAUGUAUUGGACUGACCCGGACAUGUCGCGGCAGGAGGCUGGCUUUUACGCGUUGGGCAUGCUCGCGUCUAAUUUCGUAUCGAUGAUGUGCCAACACCACAACAAUCUGUUCGUUAUGAGAUUCAGUUUAAAAGUGAAAAUCGCAUGCUCAGCACUCCUUUAUAGGAAGGUUCUACGUAUGAGUCAAGUGGCGCUAGGCGAAGUGGCUGGUGGCAAGCUAGUCAAUUUGUUGUCCAAUGACUUGAUUAGAUUCGACUACGCUUUGAUGUUCGUCCACUACAUAUGGUUAAUACCCAUACAGACUGGUGUAGUCUUGUACCUUUUGUACGAGACAGCAGGAUACGCACCCUUCGUCGGUUUAUUCACAGUCAUCAUUCUUAUCUUUCCCAUACAAGCUGGUCUGACUAAGCUUACAACGAAAAUUAGACGUCAAACAGCCCAAAGAACCGAUAGAAGAAUAAAACUAAUGAAUGAAAUUAUUAACGGAAUUCAAGUAAUUAAAAUGUACGCAUGGGAGAAGCCUUUCCAAAAAGUAGUGGAAAUGACACGAACUCACGAAACUCGUGCCCUUACCAAGGCGAUUUUCGUCAGGAGUGUGUUUAUUGGUUUCAUGUUGUUCACUGACAGGACCAUUAUGUUUCUCACCAUCCUCACACUUGUUCUUGGUGGCGAAAUGAUUUCUGCAUCUACGAUUUAUCCAAUUCAACAAUAUUUCUCAAUAAUUCAAUUCAACAUAACCAUGAUUCUGCCGAUGCUCAUUGCCUCGUUAUCGGAAAUGAAAGUUUCAGUAGAACGUAUACAAGGAUUUAUGAUAAUGGAUGAAAGAGACGACACAAACACACCUACAAAGGACGAAACUAACGGAACUUACAAUAAUAACAUAGUAUUCAAUCAGCAAACACAAUCAGCUGACAAAAAUAACGUCGCUGCAAAUAAAUUUGAAAAUGUUUCAACAUUGCAAAGGACGGGUCGUCAACAUAAGUUAGAAGAUACCAGUAUAGAUAUAUCGGAUGUCUCUGCAUGCUGGUUAAAUGAAGCCCCUGAUGAUGAGUGUACCCUUACUGACAUUUCUAUAAAUAUACGCAAAGGCGAACUCUGUGCAGUCAUUGGACCAGUCGGUACUGGAAAGACCUCGCUGCUUCAACUACUGUUAAAAGAGAUGCCAUUAAGAUCGGGCACUGUUACUGUCAAUGGUUCAGUAUCAUAUUCAUGUCAAGAGUCUUGGCUCUUUGCGGGUACUGUUAGAGAGAAUAUUACUUUUGGAUUGACGUACGAUCCAGAGAAAUAUAAAGAGGUGUGCCAAGUUUGCUCAUUGUUGCCAGAUUUCAAGCAGUUUCCAUAUGGAGAUUUGUCUUUAGUCGGUGAUCGUGGUGUUUCCCUUUCAGGAGGUCAAAGGGCCAGAAUAAACUUGGCCAGAGCAGUUUAUAGAGAUGCUGAUAUUUACCUGCUUGACGAUCCGCUGUCGGCUGUUGACGCAAAUGUAGGCCGGCAAUUGUUCGAGGGAUGUAUUAAGGGAUAUUUGAGAGGAAAGACAGUCGUUCUUGUCACUCACCAGUUACAUUACCUCAAAGCAGCCGACUACUUAGUUAUCUUGAACGAUGGAACUAUCGAAAAUAUGGGCACUUAUGAUGAACUCGUAAAAUCUGAAAAAGAAUUCUCGUUCUUGUUAUCCAGUCUUCAAGAAGGUGAAAGCGAUAAAGAAGUAGAAAAUGUUUCAAGUGACAAGAGUGUUAAGCGAGUAUCCAUGAAUAGAAGUGUUUCUAUCAAAAGCGAAAAAGAUAAUCCAAAUGCAGAGAAAGAACAAAAGCUGGCCGCGGAAGAAAGAGCCUCUGGCAACUUGAAGUGGGAAGUAGUGAGCAGUUAUUUGAAGUCUGUCGACUCUUGGUUUAUGGUGUUCCUGGCGAUGGUAACUUUGACGAUAACACAAGCCACUGCCACCACCGUCGACUAUUGGAUCAGUUUUUGGACAAACAAUGUGGAUGAUUAUAUACAAAAUUUACCCGAAGGCGUAAAACCUGAUCCUGGUUUGGAUUCUCAAAUAGGGCCAUUAAUGAAUUGGCAAUAUAUUUUAGUUCACGGAUGUGUAAUACUAGCCCUCAUAUUAUUUGCACACAUAAGAAUCGCCACGUUCGUUUCUGUAACUAUGAGAGCUUCGCGCAACUUGCACAACAUGGUAUUUAACAAAUUAAUUAUCACAGUUAUGCGAUUUUUCGACACCAACCCGAGUGGUCGUAUUCUUAAUAGAUUCUCGAAAGACGUUGGAGCAUUAGAUGAACUGCUACCGCGUAGUAUUCUGGAAACACUACAAAUGUACUUUUCCAUGACCAGCGUGCUCAUUCUGAAUGCGGUGGCACUCCCCUGGACCCUAAUACCCACAGCAGUGCUCGUGGUCGUAUUCGUGCUCCUGCUGAGGUGGUACCUCAAAGCUGCUCAGGCCGUGAAGCGGUUAGAAGGCACAACUAAAAGUCCAGUAUUCGGAAUGAUCAAUUCCACUCUCUCAGGACUGGUCACUAUUAGAAGUUCUAACUCCCAACAUCGUCUACAAAAACAAUUCGACGAUGCACAGGAUCUUCAUUCUAGUGCCUUUUUUACAUACAUAGGGGGAUCUUCAGCUUUUGGCUUAUAUCUGGAUGGUAUUUGCUUGGCCUACCUCGGAUUGGUUUUGUGCAUUUUUAUUCUAAUUGAGUUUGACGAGACCGUCAUCCCAGUUGGAAGCGUGGGUUUGGCCGUGACCCAGUCGAUGACGUUAACAAUGUUGUUACAAAUGGCAGCCAGAUUCACAGCAGAUUUUCUUGGACAGAUGACCUCUGUAGAGAGGGUGCUUGAAUAUACUGAACUGCCUUGCGAACAAAAUAUGGAAGUAGGACCUACUGUCCCACCAAAUAAUUGGCCUUCAAAAGGAGAAGUGAAAUUUGAAAAUGUUUUUAUGAAAUAUGGCCCUGAGGAUCCUCCAGUAUUAAAGGAUUUGAAUUUCGUCAUUAAAGAAGGCUGGAAGGUGGGAGUAGUAGGAAGAACGGGAGCUGGUAAAUCCUCUCUUAUAUCAGCACUAUUCCGUCUUUGCGACAUCGACGGCAGUAUUAAAAUUGAUGGAAUAGACACACGAGAUCUUGCCAAGAAACAAUUAAGAUCGAAGAUAUCAAUAAUACCUCAAGAGCCAGUUUUGUUCUCCGCAACAAUGCGGUACAAUUUGGACCCGUUCGAAAAUUACAGCGACGACGAGAUUUGGAAAGCUCUUGAAUUGGUGGAACUAAAAGAAGCAGUACAAGCUCUCGACCAAAAAGUGUCUGAGGGUGGGAGCAACUUCUCCAUGGGACAACGUCAGCUCAUCUGCCUCGCACGUGCUGUUCUGCGCUCUAAUAAAGUACUUGUCAUGGACGAAGCCACCGCCAACGUAGACCCACAGACCGACGCACUGAUCCAGAAGACAAUUCGUAACGUGUUCACGAGCUGUACUGUGAUCACGAUCGCCCAUCGUCUGAACACGAUCAUGGACUCGGACCGCGUGCUGGUGAUGGACAAAGGUCACGCUGUCGAGUUCGACUAUCCUUAUAUCCUGCUCUCCAACCCCAAUAGCACUUUCAAUUUAAUGGUCAAGGAAACCACAGAAAGCAUGAGUAAAGUUCUAUAUGAAAUAGCCAAGAUGAAAUAUGAUAGCGACAAUCAUAAAGAGUAA